AUGAACCGGAGAGUUGAGGAACCAAUAACUCUCUCCGACGGAACUUUGCUUCGAAAAGGACUCCUGGUCACCAUCGCCACGCACAACACCAGGGAUCCGACCCUCUGGGGCUCAGAGCCAGACAAGUUUGAUAGCCACAGGUUCGUUCGCAUGCGUGAGAGCCCGGGCCAGGAGAACCGCUGGCAGUUCAUCUCCACGAGCCCCGGGUUCUUAGGCUUCGGACACGGGUUGCACGCGUGUCCGGGACGAUUCUUUGCCAGCAACGAGAUGAAGAUCGUGCUGGCACACUCGAUUAUGAACUAUGACUAG